AUGGCUGUUGCCAAGAGCAACAGCUAUAUCGAACCACCAUCCAAUCUUUGCACUUGCUAUAAAGUUUCGGACUUGAGGGAAACCAUUCUAAACCCCAACAAAACUGCCCGUCUUAGUGACCGAUAUAUCCUCAGAGAACAAUUGGGUUGGGGACAAUUUGGCGUCAUAAGAGAAUGUGUGGACAAAUUUAGCGGCGAACUUUUAGCUUGCAAAUCAAUUUCAAAAGACAGAUUAGUCACUCGGGAAGACAUUAAAAGCAUAAAGCUCGAGAUCCAGAUCAUGACUGAAUUAUCGGGCCAUCCUAAUGUUGUUGACCUAAAAGCAGUGUACGAGGAAGAGGAUUACGUGCAUCUGGUGAUGGAGCUUUGUGCAGGAGGCGAACUUUUUCACAAGCUGGAAAAGCAUGGUAGAUUUUCUGAGCUGGAAGCUCAGGUGAUCUUCAGGCACUUGAUGCAGGUGGUGCUGUAUUGUCAUGAAAAGGGUGUUGUUCAUCGGGAUUUGAAGCCUGAGAAUAUCCUCUUGGCCACGAAAUCGUCUUGUUCGCCAAUAAAGUUAGCGGAUUUUGGUCUGGCUACCUAUAUCAGUCCUGAUCACUCUUGGUUGACAAACAUACACUCUCUUCCCACUGAUGUGCACAAAGGCCGUGAGAGAAAUUGCGAACUCGAUUUGGCACAAAAUCGUCCAUAUUCCCUUAUGUCCAGGAACUUGGAUAUCAGUUUUGGGACUGGUUCGGCUUUAAUUUCAGAAAUUAAAUCAGAUUCGUUCGCAUGCAAGUCUUCAUUUUCUUCUUUCUUAGCCGCCCCCCCAUUGAUGCCUUCAUUGGGGACCUUUGGAUUUUCUUUCCAAAGCAAUGUGUCUUCGAGUGCCCAUGAAAAUUCCAUCCCUCUCAUUUCAUUGCCGAGCUUUACGUUUUUUGGUGAACGAGAAAAUGAUGCUUUGAAUGUGCCGGUGGAUUCAUCUGGUGCUCGAUUGAUUCCUGGAGCUACCAGCACAAUCACAAAAGCAGUUGAUGAUUCUAAAGUGAGCGGAAGUCGAGAGGUGGCAAUAUUAGGCAUUCACAGUAGAAGAAACCAUACAAUUGGUGUAAGUGAAAUCGAGCAUUUGACAGAAUCUGUUAUCCGUUGGGCUUCUUGCACGCGUCUCCCCACAGCUACCUCACUUAGAUCUUCGCUUGUUUGUUAA